CACACACCCCUGUAGGGGGUAUCCUGGUCACAUGAUCUAAGUGGACGUUAAAACGGAGCCCAGAGUAAAGGACCCUCUCGUCCUGAACACUGAUCUGAUACACAUCGUACCUACAGGACGCUCUGUACGGUACACUGCCUGAGACUCCUUUAGGCUACACUACGACUACCACGGACUCCUACUGCAGUACGGACUACUGUUAACUUGUGUAGUACUGUAGUACGGACUUUAACACAGCCUGAGGACCUCAAUCCAAAAUUUGCUUCAUUCAAGAUGACCUCCAGACCCCCUGCUGUGUGGCUGCUGCUGCUGGCUGCUGUGCUGGGCCGCGUCAGGGAGGGGCGGGGCUUCUCCAACGGCUCGGUGGCCUCCUCCUGUGAGACGCUGCUCCCGGGCCACCACCCCUACAACGCCUCCACCCUGGCCUCGCCCUACACCGUGUCGGCCUCCGCCUCCACCUACCGCCCUGGCGACAGCAUCACUGUAUACAUGGAGAUGGCGUCCAACGGCUCCAUACCUUUCCAGGGGUUCAUCCUACAGGCUAUGAGCCGCGCGGGACAAGAGGGUUUGCCGGUGGGUUGCUUCACCAACAUCGACACCAGCCUCACCAACACCCUCCACUGCAGAGGCAUGCAGAACUCGUCGAUCAGUCAUUCUUCACCAACAAAGAAACAAAGGCUCCAGGUGACCUGGGAGGCCCCUAGUAACAGUAGCUCUGGAGACAUUUACUUCUGCGCCUCCUUCGUCCAGACCUACUCCACCUUCUGGGUGAAGGUGACCAGCGAAGAUGUGAGACUGGACAGCUCGGUGAACAGGAUCCCUGCUGGGAGCAUGACCGCACUCCUCCUGACCGGACUCUCCGUGGGGUGGGGCGGCCUGUCGCCCUGAGCACCCUGUCAGCAUGACCCUAUUAGCAGCACCUUGCUAGCAGCACCCUGUCAGUCUCCUCCCGGGGCCUAUCGUCCCCCUCAGGGGUCUCCAGAAUAACGUCUACAAUAAUAAAGGCCCCCCCCCUCCUUCUG